CUGGGAGUCGGGGAGUGGAAGGGGGGUGCUUAGGAGAGAAGAAAGACGACGAGAGAAAGGGUGGUCACUGUGGUCACACUCAGGCGGGGCCUCCCUCAGUGGUCACCCCAGCUCUUGGCAAGGUGAGGUGGAGAUGGCUUCUCCCUCUAGACAGCCCCCAGUCGGGGGCUCAGGGCUGCUUCACGGGAGCCGGGCCCGUUCUUACGGAAGCCUGGUACAAUCAGCCUGCUCCCCGGUGAGGGAAAGACGCCUGGAGCAUCCAUUGGAGCCCGGAGACACACUGGCUGGACUAGCACUCAAAUACGGGGUGACGAUGGAACAGAUUAAGCGUGCAAACCGCCUUUACACUAAUGACUCCAUCUUCCUGAAGAAAACCCUCUACAUCCCCAUCCUGACAGAGCCCAGAGACCUGUUCCACAGUUUGGAUUCUGAGGAAGAGAAAGAUGGAGAGGAAGAGAUAUACCCAAGCAACCUGGACGUUUGCUCACACUCAGAGGAGAGGAAGAAUCAAGAGACAGGUUCAGGCUGUGCCAACGGCAAAGUGCUCCCCACGCCUCAUCAGCAACCCCUCCCACCCACUCAUGAUCUCUCGGCCUCUGAUUUCCUUAAGAAGCUUGACUCACAGAUCAGCCUGUCAAAGAAGGCUGCUGCCCAGAAGCUGAGAAAAGGGGAAAGUGGAGUACCUGGGGAGGAUGCAGGGCUCCAUCUGAGCUCCCCUAGGACGCAGCAGCGAGCAGUCUUAGGUCCUGUGCCGCUGACCCGGACCUCUCGGACCCAGACGCUACGAGAGCAGGAAGAUGAAAUCUUCAAACUCUGAUGUUCCCAUAAGUGAUAGAAAGAAGAUAGCUGAAGGAACAACUUGAGGAGGAGAUGAUUCUGAGGUGAGGCUGAAGAACAUCACUUCCCGGCCCGCCUCCCUCCUCUUCAGCCAUCUUCCCUGGCCUCUCUGUCUAUCAGGAAUUCCUCAGCUGGGGGGGGGGCAGAUUUUUAUGACAGCAGUAAGAUGUGGGAACAGACCUCUUGCCCGUUCCUGGGCUGAAUCCAGAGUCACCCUUUAGAUUCAGAAGCUCUUCUGAAACCCUCGCUGCCUUCCCGGUUCUUUCCCCGGUCCCUGGCCUUGGAGCCAGGAAGCAGACCCCCCCCCCAACUUCCUCCCAUCUCCAACCAUGUUACCUAAUUUAUUUGGUGCUAUAUCGAAGUAAUAUUUAUUUGCUAUAUCUAACUCCCUCCAAGCCUGAGAUGAAAAAUGGGGUUUCCAGAACUGGACGUGAGAGAGGCCCAGAAACAGUGAGCCAGGCCUGCUGGCUGUCCCCAUCUCCCGGCUCCUCAGCAGUUGAGGGCGGGGGUCCAGUGAGCUAGCGCCCCCCCCCCCAAGACAGCACUGUUCUCAGCCUUUUCCCUGGUCUAAAGGUAAAGGCUGUGGGCUCUGUCUUCACGAGCCAAUUCCCUAUUCCCUCUUACAGCUCUUGCUCUGAGAAGGUAGCCGUGUGGGGAACUGGACUUUCUGUUCCACCACUUCACCCUCCGGCCUGUCCUCUGCUCAGCAUGCAGUGGGCUAAAGGAUGGCAGGGGUGAGGGGCAGCUGUUACACCCCCUCCACACCAGAGCCUCUGUAUCUUUCUAGUUCCUCACUGCAUUUUUUUUUUAAACUUGUAGCACUGGUCUGCAAUUCAGUUUGGUCUUUGUUUUCUAAAACAAAAGCAGGCAAGGGAUGCCUUUAAUCUCAGCAUUGGGGAGGCAGAGGUAGGAUUGGGAUGAGUUCGAGGCCAGCCUGGGACUCUAUAGAGUGAG